AUGGCUUCCAGAGGAAAGACGGAGACAAGCAAAUUAAAGCAGAAUUUAGAAGAACAGUUGGAUAGACUAAUGCAGCAAUUACAAGAUCUGGAGGAAUGCAGAGAGGAACUUGAUGCAGAUGAAUAUGAAGAAACCAAAAAGGAAACGCUGGAGCAACUAAGUGAAUUUAAUGAUUCACUGAAGAAAAUUAUGUCUGGAAAUAUGACUUUGGUAGAUGAACUAAGUGGAAUGCAACUGGCUAUCCAAGCAGCUAUCAGCCAGGCCUUUAAAACCCCAGAGGUCAUCAGAUUGUUUGCAAAGAAACAACCAGGCCAGCUUCGGACAAGGUUAGCGGAGAUGGAUAGAGAUCUCAUGGUUGGAAAGCUGGAAAGAGACUUGUACACUCAACAGAAAGUGGAGAUACUAACAGCUCUCAGGAAACUUGGAGAGAAGCUGACUGCAGAGGAUGAGGCCUUCUUGUCAGCAAAUGCAGGUGCUAUUCUCAGCCAGUUCGAGAAAGUCUCUACAGACCUCGGCUCUGGAGACAAAGUUCUUGCUUUGGCAAGUUUCGAGGUUGAAAAAACAAAAAAAUGA